AUGGCAAUCCCGCGUUUAAGGUUUGUGCCUUCUUUUUUUUGUUGCUUUUCCCAACGGGCAAUAUUUUCAAAUAUAUUUUGUUAUGUUUUUUUUUUCUGUUCAUCUUUUUGCCUUUUCCUAUUCCACCCCAUUUCUCUAUUCAUACAAACAUUUCUGACGUUAAAAGUUAUGUAGAUUGUGUGGUUCAAAUGAGAGCACCCUAAUUGAUGAUGACAUGUUACAGUAGUUGUUGAGGCGAAAAAUGAGGGGAGAGGCAAAAAAAAAAGAGAGGCGCACACAGCACAAACUGAUGGCUGAACUUUUUUUUUUGAGAAGAGACAAGUCAAGCGGAAGAAUAUUACUGAGCAAUGACCAGAGUUCCGAAUUUAUCGAGCUUUGAAACCCAUAGAAACUGAAACCUUUGUAGGUUUCGGUUUCAUACGGUUUCGGUUUCGUUUGCAAGGGUUUCGAAACCCUCGGCAAAGGGUUUCGGUUUCAUACCUCUAGGCUCGAAACCCUCGAACGAAACCUUUCGAAACCUUUUGAAACCUUAUGAAACCCAUUUUUGAAAUUGAAUCAGUGAAGCUGAACUUGAUGUAAAUUGUCUGAAAAUGGGUUUUUGAGUAGGGUAAAGCUUGAAUUUCAGCUUCUGCUAUCAAUUUAAGCUUAAGCUUCAUCCCAGAAGCUGUUAUCAGAUUAUCAGUGAAAUUUCAAAAUUAUCGGAUUGAGCUGGGAGUUGGAGGAAAUGAUGUUUGGUGAUUGUAGAUGACAUUUUUGGUAAGUUUAGAGCUCCAGCUUCAUCUCAGAAGCUCUUAUCACUCCUUAUCACUAAAUUAUCAAUAUCAUCUGAUAAGGCUAAAAAUCGGGAUUUUUGGGUUUUCGAGUAUGGGGAAUCAUGUGCUGAUAUUGAUUUUGUCUGAAAAUCACUUUUAAAGGACCCCAUCACUCAAAAAAAUGUUUUUUUCUGAAAAUGAGGUAUUUGAACACGGGGAACAUUUUGGUGAGGUAUGCGAUCCGGAACAGACUUUUAAAGGCGCAUGCCAGGUUAUUACACAUGUUCCGAGAUUUUUUUUUCAAACUAUCAUAACUUUUUUUUUCAAGCGUUUUUGAAAUUUCGACAACCAUUUUGACGGGCUCGACGUCGGCUACAUUUUUUGUGUUGACACCAACUACCGCACUUCGCACCUAGGGGAUGAAAAACACGUUUUUUCUCUUGAAAUUGUCAAUUUUUGAUGAAAUUUCGAACAAAAAUGCAUUUUUCAUCCCUUAGGAGCGAAGUACGGUAGUUGGUGUCAACACAAAAAAUGUAGCCGACGUCGAGCCCGUCAAAAUGGUUGUCGAAAUUUCAAAAACGCUUGAAAAAUAGAAAAGUUAUGAUAGUUUGAAAAAAAAAUCUCGGAAAAUGUGUAAUAACCUGGCAUGCGCCUUUAAAAGUCUGUUCCGGAUCGCAUACCUCACCAAAAUGUUCCCCGUGCCCAAAUACCUCAUUUUCAGAAAAAAACAUUUUUUUGAGUGAUGGGGUCCUUUAAAAGUGAUUUUCAGACAAAAUCAAUAUCAGCACAUGAUUCCCCAUACUCGAAAACCCAAAAAUCCCGAUUUUUAGCCUUAUCAGAUGAUAUUGAUAAUUUAGUGAUAAGGAGUGAUAAGAGCUUCUGAGAUGAAGCUGGAGCUCUAAACUUACCAAAAAUGUCAUCUACAAUCACCAAACAUCAUUUCCUCCAACUCCCAGCUCAAUCCGAUAAUUUUGAAAUUUCACUGAUAAUCUGAUAACAGCUUCUGGGAUGAAGCUUAAGCUUAAAUUGAUAGCAGAAGCUGAAAUUCAAGCUUUACCCUACUCAAAAACCCAUUUUCAGACAAUUUACAUCAAGUUCAGCUUCACUGAUUCAAUUUCAAAAAUGGGUUUCAUAAGGUUUCAAAAGGUUUCGAAAGGUUUCGUUCGAGGGUUUCGAGCCUAGAGGUAUGAAACCGAAACCCUUUGCCGAGGGUUUCGAAACCCUUGCAAACGAAACCGAAACCGUAUGAAACCCAAAGUUUCGCGAAACAUUGUUUCGGUUUCUAUAGGUUUCGAAACCUGGGUUUCGAAACUCGGAACUCUGGCAAUGACAGAUUAUGAAAUUUUGAUUUUUUUUAUGGGGGAAAAUUACUGUGAGAAUAUUUUUUUGACGGAAAAUAUACGAAAAUAUACAAAAACAGAUAAAAACUGUCAAAAAUUUUCGUGAGAACGUCUCGCAAUUUCUUUCUUCAAAAAUAAGUUUUCAGGGUAAAUGCAAAUUCCGAGGAGAGAUUGGUACAUCCAAAUCAUAUGGUCUACCAUAAAAUGGAGCACCUUGUUCAACAAAUGCUCGAUCCGGAAAAUGGUGUUCCCAUUAAAACGGUGAAAAGUUUUCUAUCAAAAGUGCCAUCCGUUUUUACUGGUCAAGAUUUGAUCGCGUGGAUUAUGAAGAAUCUCGAAAUGUCUGAUCUAUGUAAGAAUUUUUUUUCUCAAAUUUUCAUAUGAGCACACACAAUAUUUUUUCAGCCGAUUCGUUACAUCUGGCACAUCUGGUUGCAUCUCAUGGUUACUUAUUUCAAAUAGAUGAUCAUGUGUUGACAGUCAAAAAUGAUGGGACAUUCUAUCGGUUUCAGACACCUUAUUUUUGGCCGUCGAAUUGUUGGGAACCAGAGAACACGGAUUACGGUAUGCUAUUUUCUUCUGGAUUUUUUUGAAAUUGUUUUUUCAGCGGUUUAUCUUUGUAAACGAACAAUGCAGAAUAAAGCGCAUCUAGAACUGGAAGAUUUCGAAGCCGAAAAUCUGGCAAAACUUCAGAAAAUGUUUUCAAGAAAAUGGGAAUUUGUAUUCAUGCAGGCUGAAGCGCAAUACAAAGUCGACAAAAAACGCGACAGAUUAGAACGACAAAUUCUGGAUAGUCAAGAGCGAGCAUUUUGGGAUGUUCAUCGACCAGUUCCUGGAUGUGUGAAUACAACUGAAGUCGAUUUUCGAAAGCUGUCAAGAUCCGGAAGACCAAAAUAUAGCAGUGGAGGACAUGCGGCAUUAAAUGCAGCUGCAUCAUCGGGUAGGUCUAUAAUUAAAUUAUCCCCCAGCUAUAGUGAAUGACAAAAAAUCCAGACAUUGAUGAUUUUACAGUAAGAAAAAUACCACCAUGAAACUUUAGCAAAUUGAAUUAUCCAAUUAUCCAGAUGACAUAUAGCUACAGUACCCAAACUUUUUUCUGCAGGUUGUGGACCAUUUUCAACAAGUGCUGCAGCUGCGCACGCAAGUAUGCCAUCAACAUCAAAUGGAACUGCAACAACAUCAGCUCAAGCUGGAACAUCUUCUGGAACAACAACUGCGACAACAACACCAUCUUCAUCUUCUGGAACUGGCGGAUCUUUCCGAAAUAAUUAUUAUGCUCGACCUGGUUUACGUCGAUGUACACAAGUUCAGGAUACUUUGAAAUUAGAAAUCAAUCAACUAAAUAAUCGAUUAUCGAAAAAUGUUUUGAGGACAUCGAAAGUUGUCGAAAAGUAAGUAUAAGAAUUUUUUUUCCUGAAAUUUCCAACUCGUUAAUUUCAGCUAUUUGUCAUACUUCGAUCAACGUCGACUUUUUGAUCCAUUCCUAGCCCAACCAGGAUCGGCAAUCGAUCCAUUCCAAUCGCAGCCAAAUCCAUGGAUCAAUGAUACUGUUGAUUUCUGGCAACAUGAUAAAAUGUGAGCUUUGUCUUAUAUUCAAAUUUAAAAUUUGAAAAAAAUCGAUUUUUGUAGAACGGGUGACAUUCAAACACGUCGACUGAAACUAUGGGAAGAAUGUUUCGAAGAGCUUCUUGCUGAUCCACUUGGUCGUGAAACACUUCAAAAGUUUCUCGACAAAGAAUAUUCGGGUGAAAACUUGCGAUUCUGGUGGGAAGUUCAAAAAUUGCGAAAAUGUAGCAGUCGCAUGGUUCCGGUUAUGGUCACCGAGAUUUAUAACGAAUUUAUUGACGCGGUAGCCGCGACUUCUCCGGUUAAUAUUGAUUGUAAAGUUAUGGAUAUUACAGAGGAGAAUCUCAAAAAUCCGAAUCGAUGGAGUUUUGAUGAAGCAGCGGUGAGUUCAGGGAGACGCUAGUUUUCAUAAUUUAAAAAAAUUGGAAUCUAUUUUAGGAUCAUAUUUAUUGCCUCAUGAAAAACGACAGCUACCAAAGAUUCUUGCGUUCGGAAAUCUACAAAGAACUAUUAGCACAAUCACGCAAAAAGGUUAGUUCGAAAAACCCGAAACCCUGGAAUGUGAUUGAAUGUGUGUUUCUGAGCUUUAUCUGAAUUCUCGCUAACUCUCUUUUUUCCCUAUUCCUAGCUAGUCUAACACCAAACCUCGAGAAUCCUCCGAUUUUAUUUUAUUUUUUUGAUUUUUUGAAUGAAUAAGUUUUACUAACCAAUUUAUGCAUGAUUACUCAUUUCAUUCACCUUUUAUUUUAUUUUUUGGGUGAAACAAACAUAUUUUCAGUUGGAAAAAUAUUAUACCUUUGUCGUAAAUACGGCUAGACCACUUAUUUUUGAUACAGUACUCUGUUCUUUUAUCACAUAGGAUGUUUUUUUAAACUAAUUAUUAAUUAGGUUCAUACAAAUUUCAAAAUAAUCAAUUUUCUGAUCUGACGUCAUAUAAGGUUUCAAUUUAUUCUUCGAAAAUUCAUCAUUUUCAACAACUCUGUUCAAAACUACUGUAGUUUUUAUAAAGCCAUAAGCUAGAAUAGAACUAAUUAAAAACAGUUUUACACUUGUAAUGCUCAAUUUUUUUUGAUUAGGCUCAUCAAAUUUUCGUGUAGGCUUACUAUAAGUUUCCUAAACUAUCAAUGAAUAUUUUCACAAUUCUUCCUUUUCUUAAACUUAAAUCUCAACAUACUACCUACAAAAAUUAUUGUAUAUCCCAAGCAUCCCAGCUUUCGAAUUUUCUUUUCCCCCUCUCUUCAGACAACAUUUACAUCGUUAAUUGCCCGAAAAGCAUCUCGUCGUAUUGGUUCAACAAUAUCUCGAAAUAAAUCAACUCCACCAUUUCUACAAUCAAGCACAUCUUUGGGUUCUUCACUUGGUUCAACAACAACAAAUACAAAUACAAUUCAUGUAUCAACAAGUCAAAAUUUAUUGGUUCCACCUCCAUCUAACUUGUAUGUUUGUUUGAUUGUGAAUGUGCUCCAAUUAACCUCUCGCUUCAUUCUGUUUUGUGUUGUUUUUCUAUUUUUUCCAUGAGUUUGCACUUGAUUUUCUUUCAAAAUAUUCAAAAAUAAUUCAAUAUAUUUUUUAGGUGA